AUAUCAUUAUGUACUACAUGUAUAAUAUAACUUAAACAAUCCUGCUUCUUAAUUGAAUAGAGUGAUCGGACUGAAGUAUUCAAAUAUGGUUGACACUUUCAAAUUUCUUCUGUUAUUGGUGACAAUAUUUGUUUUGAUGAAACAAAGCGAAGCUGUUUUAGAAACGGCAUGUGCGGUAGACGGAGACUGCAGUGAUCCCAACGCAGAAUGCGAUACUGUCACUGAUACAGACGGUAAUGGAGAUGGUGAAUGUGUGUGUAAAUCUACACACAAGGAUAACAGUGGAACCUGUGACCCUAAAGUCCUAGGUGAUACAUGCGCCGCAAAUGGGGACUGUGUUGGGGUUUCACAGGCUACCUGUAACUCCGGCAACUCUCAAUGCGACUGUGAAAAUGCAUACAAGACAAGUGGAGCCUCGUGUGUCCAGAAAGUCCUAGGUGAUACAUGCGCCGCAGAUGGGGACUGUGCGGGGGUUUCACAGGCCACCUGUAACUCCGGCAACUCUCAAUGCGACUGUGAAAAUGCAUACAAGACAAGUGGAGCCUCGUGUGUCCAGAAAGCCCUAGGUGAUACAUGCGCCGCAGAUGGGGACUGUGCGGGGGUUUCACAGGCCACCUGUAACUCCGGCAACUCUCAAUGCGACUGUGAAAAUGCAUACAAGACAAGUGGAGCCUCGUGUGUCCAGAAAGGUUUAGACGAUACUUGCUCUGCUGAUUCGGAUUGUAGUGGUGUGUCCAAUGCGGUUUGUGAUACAGCUGAUACAAACAUGUGUAAAUGCGGGACAGGAUACGAAGCUAGUGGUAGUGUCUGUAGUGAUGCUGUUUCUGUCAGAACUUCAACAGUUUUGUUUGCUACUAUGUUCAUAUUAGCCUUGAUCCAAAAAAAGUUUAGUUGUACUGGCAAGUAAGUUUAUAAGGGCAAAACAGACGUUCAAGUGAGCAAACAUGUACAACAUCAGUAGUGCCGAAGAUACAAAAUAAUACCUUUUUAUCCGCUUCACGUAAAAAGUUUUUAUAUUCGGAAAUAUAUUCAUGUUACAUUAUUCAAGUAAAAGAAAUUAACGGUUACAACAGAGGAAAUAUUUUUAUAAAAUGCAUAUUCAGUCUUGCCUGAAUGACGAAGUAGUAGUCUAUGACCUUCAGAUUUUGUCUUCUAAGGUAAUUACAGGAAAAGUGAGUACCAAGCUUUCUUUAAGAUCAUGAAAGAGGAAACUUCGAGAUUUCUUUGAUUUAUUACAAUCUGUUCAUUUUGUUUAAAAGCUGAGCCUGGUAUUUUAACUGAAUGAAAGUAAUUAUCGUGUUUAAAAUUAGAAGAGAGAUUAUUUUCGUCGUUUUGGUAAGAUGUAUAUAGUUGACUCACUUUUCUCUAUUUCAAGUUUGUUCUAUAGUUUAUUCCAUUAAUAUUUCAAAUUUAUGUAAAUAUGUAGUGUCUAAAGCUUGGAAUUUAGAUGGUAAAACUCGAUUGCCUGGCGCAGUUACGGAAUAACUGCCUUAAAAGUGCUUAAUGACCUAAAAGAUAUUAUUCAUUUUGAGGACAAUAAUUCUGUAAUCGCGGCGCCAGGCAGUCAAAUAUCAAAGUAUUUAACACCAAACAAAAGCAUCGAAUCGAUUUUAUCAUGAAAUCAGUUUGUAAAAAUUGAUGUCAUGUAAACUAUGUCAUCACAAUAUAUAUAUGGUAUGUGUACACAUUCUGUAAUUUUCUGUGAUUUUAACAUGAACACACGGAAAUUAUACUUAUUCAAAAGUUCAAAAUGAAGCUGACUUCUACAUGAUAGAGGACCACAAUACACAGUUUUACUGUUUAUGUGUAUUAUAGUUGUUAGCAAAUGCAAAACACUGACAAGGCGACCAUUGUAAGUUCACCUAGGCUAUAAAUACCUAUAUUUCUAUAUCUAGUAACGAAAAUAGUGCUGCUAAAAUAUCAAUGAUGCCGAAGUUUUAAGUUUAAUCAUAUUUUAUUGUAUAUAUAUAUUCACACAUGUAUACAUCACAUUUAAUGCAAGCAUUAAAUUAAAUACAUACAAAUGGGUUGGGCCAAAAAUUAUUCCAACAUUAUCUAGGGCCCUCCCCGAAGAUACAAAAAAGAAUAACAUUUGUUUAUUUUACCUGUUCACGUGAAAACGUUUUUAUAUUCGGAAAUAUAUUCAUGUUACAUUAUUCAAGUAAAAGAUACCAACGAUUACAAUAGAGGAAUUUUUUUUUUAUAAAAUGCAUAUUCAGUCUUGCCUGAAUGACGAAGUAGUAGUCUAUGACCUUCAGAUUUUGUCUUCUAAGGUAAUUACAGGAAAAGUGAGUACCAAGCUUUCUUUAAGAUCAUGAAAGAGGAAACUUCGAGAUUUCUUUGAUUUAUUACAAUCUGUUCAUUUUGUUUAAAAGCUGAGCCUGGUAUUUUAACUUAACUGAAUGAAAGUAAUUAUCGUGUUUAAAAUUAGAAGAGAGAUUAUUUUCGUCGUUUUGGUAAGAUGUAUAUAGUUGACUCACUUUUCUCUAUUUCAAGUUUGUUCUAUAGUUUAUUCCAUUAAUAUUUCAAAUUUAUGUAAAUAUGUAGUGUCUAAAGCUUGGAAUUUAGAUGGUAAAACUCGAUUGCCUGGCGCGGUUACGGAAUAACUGCCUUAAAAGUGCUUAAUGACCUAAAAGAUAUUAUUCAUUUUGAGGACAAUAAUUCUGUAAUCGCGGCGCCAGGCAGUCAAAUAUCAAAGUAUUUAACACCAAACAAAAGCAUCGAAUCGAUUUUAUCAUGAAAUCAGUUUGUAAAAAUUGAUGUCAUAUAAACUAUGUCAUCACAAUAUAUAUAUGGUAUGUGUACACAUUCUGUAAUUUUCUGUGAUUUUAACAUGAACACACGGAAAUUAUACUUAUUCAAAAGUUCAAAAUGAAGCUGACUUCUACAUGAUAGAGGGCCACAAUACACUCUUUUACUGUUCAUGUGUAUUAUAGUUGUUAGCAAAUGCAAAACACUGACAAGGUGACCAUUGUAAGUUCACCUAGGCUAUAAAUACCUGUAUUUCAAUAUGUAGUAACGAAAAUAGAGCUGCUACAAUAUCAAUGAUGCCGAAGAUACAAAAAAGAAUAACAUUUGUUUUAUUAUACCUGUUCACGUAAAAACGUUUUUAUAUUCGGAAAUGUAUCCAUGUUACAUUAUUCAAGUAAAAGAAAUCAACGAUUACAACAGAGGAAAUAUUUUUUUUAUAAAAUGCAUAUUCAGUCUUGCCUGAAUGACGAAGUACUAGUCUAUGACCUUCAGAUUUUAUCUUCUAAGGUAAUUACAGGAAAAGUGAGUACCAAGUUUUCUUUAAGAUCAUGAAAGAGGAAACUUCGAGAUUUCUUCGAUUAAUCAUAAUUUGUUUAUUUUGUUUUAAAGCUGAGCCUGGUAUUUUAACUGAAUGAAAGUAAUUAUCGUGUUUAAAAUUAGAAGAGAGAUUAUUUUCGUCGUUUUGGUAAGAUUCAAUGUUUACUCUAUAUUCAAUAUAAAAUUCAUUAGGCAUUUAUUUUUAUGGAUAUUUAUCACGCUGAUUAAAAUAUCCAUUUAAAUGGUAGAUUUAGCUAGGAGGACUGAAUUGGAAGCUUGUGAAUUGAACAUGAACACACGGACAUUAUAUAUAUUCAAAUGUUCAAAAUGAAGCCGACUUCUACAUGAUAGAAGGACAAAAUAUCCUGUUUGUAUUUGUAAGUUUACCUAGGCUAUCAAUAUAUAUUUCUAUAUAUAGUAACGAAAAUAUUGCUGCUUUGUCGGCAUUACGAGCCACGUCCAUCACUUAUGCAUUUUUUGCUUUGUUUUUAACCAAUUACUAAGAAAUAUAACACUUAUUAACAGAAAAAAACAGUUUGCUACUUUAAUUUUAUCUCCCUAUCACUGCAGUAAUAUCAGAUUCUUUUCAAAUGAUUAUUUUUAAAUCGCAAGAUGCCGUCUUGGUAAAUGAAUAUGUUUAAUGUGCGUGCCAGAGCGUCUACAUAAUUCCUCAUGUCACCCUGUGCGAUUAUGGGUUAAUUGCCCGAAGAAGUGAAUAACGACCUUCAGAGCUACAGGCAGGUUGGUAUGUACUUCUUUGCAAUUUACCCAUAAUCGCGCUUGGCAAUAAAGUAUUAACCUCAAAUUUACAGCUUAAUGUGAUUUUAUGAUUAUGAAGUAAGAAAAAUGACGUCUUUGUCUAUGAUCGUCAGCUUUGGUCGGAGUUUUGAGACAGGAAUCAAAUGCUUCGCUGAAAAGUUAAACUAAAAUACGAGGGAUAUUCAACAAAUACGUAGAUAUGCUCUACAACUUUAUUCACGUUACAUGCAGUAUGUUACAAAUGGUACCAUUAUAACCAGUAAUACAUUACGAUUCUGACUGUACGUGUAGAAUAUUGCAUUUGGAAAGGGAUGUUAUUUAAUCAGUCGUCGAGGAAACGGGUACCUAUAUUUUCUUUUAAGUGGCGUUAUGGCCAGUCGAUAAAUUUAACCCAGGUCUAACGGUUAUCCGACUAGCAACUGAACUUGGGGUAAAACUUCUCUUGGCAUCAAGUUCAAGUUAUUUCAUCAUGUUAAGCAGUACACAGAUGUCGGGUACAAAACGUAAGGUUAGCCUUAGUUUUUUCUCUUUUAUUUAUCAAGUUAGGGAUUUGUAAGAGCUAUUUUUAAUCAAAUUACCAAAGAAGCUGUGUAAUUGUCCACACAUGUCAGUGGCAUAUAAAUUUUCAAACUGUUAUAGCCUCGACUUUUAUAUUUUCUUCGACUCCACCUAAUACAAUUAAAUCUAUAAGACAGUAACCUCAUAUUUUCUAUAUAUUUACAUGCAUCAGUAUCCUGGCUCCCUAGUUACAUGGUUAUUUUUUAUAUAAAUACUGCAAAAAAUAUCUUAUAAGGAAAUUGUAAGCUUCUCAAAUGGCGCAUUUUUAUAUGAUGACUAAAUGUUCGGAGCCAUGGCGGGGGGAGGGGGGGGGGGGGGGAAUAAAAAUGUCAGUAUAGAAACAAUCUGCUGGAGUUUCUUUCACUGCUUGGUAAUUUUACAUCAAACGAUGUGAUGUUGAUAUUUCAAUGAAAAAAUUGAUAUUGUGUUUGUUCUAAGUUUGUUUUGCUUUUCUAUAAGAAAAGGUUUUUAAAUUAUAUUAUAAUUUGAAAAAAAUAAAUUCGUCAUGAAAAAAUGUCGUAAACAAAUCUGACGUCAUACAGACAGAUGUCGCUGGUGUUGGCCAGGAUGCCUACUCCUUGAUUCAAGGAAAGACCCAAAAAAAGUAAUGUAGAUUGCAAGAUAACAGUUUCAUAUUUGGUUCGUCUGUUGCAGAUACAUUAUCGUUGAAACUGAUACAAAUUUAAUACGUCUACGUCGAUAUGGCAAGUCUACGUAUUUCUGAACGCCCCUCGUAGUCUAGUUUUUUGGAAUAUGAAUUUGACUGAAUAUUGAUUGCCAAAAGCAUUGAUUGUCCAUAGCAUGAAUCUAUUGUGAGUCUCUUGUAAUUUUGUAAAAGAAUGACCAUUUACAUAUAUUAAUGCUGUUUUAUAUAUGUUUUAUACUUUUUGUAAAUGGAUGACUCUAAUAAACAAUACAAUGAUACCAGUUAUUUCGGUUUGAAAAGGGAAAACAGUUUUUGUUUGAUGAUUGUGAUUAUCGAUAAGGCCAAGUUUGAUAAGAGAUGAAUGAUUUGUCAUUUUCUUAAUUUGAUUGACUUAUAUGUACAUAUUUAUUAAUUAUUUAUAAGUUUUGUAUGCAAUUCAAUCAAUCUUGUAAACUGUUUUGUGAAAGAAAAAUGAAUAAAAUGUACUAUAAAUAUA